GGGGUGUGCUCAAAGCAAAACGACAACAAACCCUUCUAUAUUUUGACAUUCUUGAGCAUCUCACCCAAUCACAAGCAAAAAAAAAGAGACUGUCGUCACCAAAAGCGCAACACUCACAAUGGACGCCCAUCGCGAAGCGAUUCAGAAACAAAUCCACCAGGACUGGGCCAAUCGAGAGUACAUCGAAGUCAUUACGGCCAGCAUCAAGCGAAUCACAGAUUUCCUCAACUCGUUCGAUAUGAGCUGCCGAUCGCGUCUAGCUGUGCUGAAUGAGAAGCUUACCACUUUGGAACGGAGGAUCGACUAUCUGGAGGCUUGCGUGACCAAGGGGGAAACGUUGCAAUAGUCGAGUCCUGUUGUGAGGGGGGAAUAGAGGGUAAGAGGGGUGUUUGCUUCUUUUAGGAGGACUGAGAUUUGUUGCUCUUUCUGCGAGACGGCGAAGCUGUGCAUUCAGGAGAAAUGUGAAGAUGGUUUUGAGCAGAUACGACCGAACGGAUUUCUAGCGCGUAACAUAUUCCUUUGUAUGAAGUAGCCAGUAUGCUGCAUUAGUGACAAAUGUAAAUUUAUUUAACUAUCAUUCGAAUACAAUAAAAUAACGGAACAAAGUGAAACGAA